UUUUCCAAACAUCCGAAAGGAAAGAGACCGCAAGGCCGGCUGCUUCGCGGGGGGGGGGGAGGGGAGAAAGGAAAGAAUCGAUGGUUUGAAGCGUUCGGCGAUGAAUGGUACCGCGCAGCCGGCGCUGGGCAAGGAAGAGCACGUGCUGAAACUGGGCGAGAGUUUCGAGAAACGGCCCAAGAGCUCGUUCCACACCAUCCGCUAUGAUUUUAAACCAGCAUCCAUUGACACCUCUUGUGAGGGUGAGCUACAGGUUGGAAAAGGUGACCAAGUCACCAUAACUUUACCACACAUCCCAGGGUCUACUCCACCAAUGACUGUCUUCAAAGGUAAUAAAAGGCCAUAUCAGAAGGAUUGUGUACUUAUUAUUAACCAUGAUACUGGGGAGUUUGUGCUUGAAAAACUCAGUAGCAGUAUACAGGUAAAGAAAACCAGAGCUGAAGGGAGCAGUAAAAUCCAGGCUCAAUUGGAAUCACAAGCAGUGCGAAGAUCUCAGCCUUCCUCUCAGUUUAGAGCACCAAGUAAGCCAUGUCCUGGUCCGAAAGCGUCUCCGACAAAGGACAACCCGUCACCUGAACCACAACUUGAUGACAUAAAAAGAGAAUUGAGAGCAGAAGUUGAUAUUAUUGAACAGAUGAGCAGCAGCAGUAGUUCUUCAGAUUCAGGAAGUUCCUCUGGCAGUGACGACAGUUCCAGCAGUGAUGUGGAAAAUGAAGCUCACCCCUCCUCUACACCACCACAGAUGCAACCCCAACAGCAACCUCCCUCCCAAUCUCAAACCCAUCCCCAGCAGCAACCACCACAGCCAUACCAGCAGUACAGUAACAGAAAUGCUGCGACAAAUGGCACCAGCAGACCAGGAAGCAAUCAACUUAUGAGCACACUUAGAAAUGACUUGCAAUUGAGUGAAUCUGGAAGCGACAGUGAUGAUUGAAGUUCUAAGAAAAUGGACCACUACCUCCACGAUGACCUACCAUGGAGAUGACAUUGCUGUAGAAAUUUGCUCAACCAUUAGCUAGAUUAGUUAUUUUCUGUAAAAACAUGUGCCCUUUCUGCAGUUUUAAUAUCAGAUGUGAGUAUUGGGUAAUUAAUGGAGUGCUUUUAACUUUAAAUAUAUGUUUAGCUGGGUUUUUUUUUAAAAGUUAAACUAGAAUAUUUCAGUUUAUUUAUAUAUUUUGUCAGGUAUUCCAAUUUUUUUCUGAAAACUUAUUGAUCAAAAAUAUUUUAAAUGGAAUGUAUGUCAAGCUUAUGUAUUCAGAAUUGAACAGACAGCUGAGUAUAAACAUUUUGAUUAUGUAUAAAGGCAUUGUUUACCUUGCAUAUUGCUAUGAAUCAUAAAAGUUUAUAUAUGUAUCACAACACAUCACACAUUGCAGAAACUAAACAAUUCUCUGGGAGAGUCCUGCAAAUACCAAGGUGUGUUUGAAGUGACUGAUAUUUAGCUGGUAGUUUAUAUUGGUUAUUGAUAUGAAUCUUUAAUGGAUACUAAUUUGAACUUUAAUACUGAAGUCUUUAGUAAGGAAUAUAAUUUCAACAAAGACGUUCUUAAUUAGUAGCAGAAUUGCUCAUUUUAAAAAAAAAUUGUGUAAAGGGUGCUGGACUGGGUUUUAAUUUCCAAAAAAGCCUUUUAGGCACGGUGAUCUAAACAUAAAACAACAAUGUGAAUGAAAUCCAUCUGGAACAGCAUUAAUGUCUUAUCAUUUAAUGGAAAAUGAAAAGCUAUUUUAAUUGUGGCUAUCUUGCAAUGUUUGUGUUUCCAUAUAAAAUGGACAUUUCUUACUGUUUAAGCAGUUCAAUGAAAAAUUCUAUAAUCGACAUCCAUAAUAUUUUGUUUUUGAAUUUCACUCACUUGAAUAUUUUUAAUUUUGUGUGCAUAAAGUAGAGAACAUUACUGUUUGCGUCUGAUUUUGUCUUCUCGCUGUUCACAAUCACAGUCAAUUAUUCCUAAUCCUAAUGAAUGGUUGAGUGAUCUGCUCCCGGAUCUCCACAAGUAACACUGAGUAACCAGUCAUUGGAUGCUAUGGGGUGGGGUUGCUUUCGGUGAUUUAUCUUACUGUUUUUGCACCACUUCCUCCUAGCAAUGCAUCUAAGAUAAGACCAUCAUCUGCAGAAUAUAUGGCUUGUCCAUGAAUAUCACUCUCUAGAUUUUCAGCUGGGACAAAUAAAGUGCCCAUGCAUUGCUAUAAAAUGGUAAUUGUUUUCCAAACUUGAGUGAUUGUCCUUUCAACGUGGAAGUAGUGAAAGCAUACAGUAAUAUCUUAUUUAUUUAAGAAAUUCAUAGUUAAUGUUUUUAUCAUGAUUGUGUUAGACUGUAAGUCAGAUACUGAAAGCUUUAGUGUGCCAAAUCAAAAAGCCGUGAAUGGAAUAGCAUAACUGUUGGUGUGAAAUGUUGCAAGGUGCAUUAUGCUUUACUAAAUACUAAAUUUCAAAAUGAAAUGACUAAUUGGAGGGAACACCCUUAUUUCCUCAUACCAUUGAAAGGUUAGGAUCAGGCUUCUUCUGUUGUUCUCCAUUCACCUUUGUCUUUCCCUAUCUUUCACAUGGUCUUUUAUUUUCUCUCUUUCCACAUUAAAUUGUGUCUUGAACCCAUUUUGGGUGACUGUUUCCUAGCCAUUUUUCUUUGAACUUAUUCUACAUUUGUAUUGCCCUUCAAGGGGAGAAUUUAGUCACACUUGCACUGUGUCUUCUGGACUCUGCAGACUUCCUUUUUCUAGAGAAAUUAAACCUACUCCCUUUUAUCAGUAAGAUUUUAAUAACAAGUGUUUCUCUAUCUUCCUAAAUGUCAUAAUAUUGUUCCAGUGAUCACAGGAACUGUACCAUGGAUAACUUUAUUGAAGAGACUGGCAAAUCUAAAGUUAUUGAUCAAUGUAAUCUUAUGUCAUUUUUGCAAUAGCCAUAAAUGGAUUCACAAAUUUAUCUUUAUUCAGCCAUGAUGUCUUUUGUUCAUUAAAAUUUAAAUGUCUAACUAGU